AUGCUGUUGAUGGCAUCACCGCAGCAGUGCGAUGAUUGUGAAAAUAGUGAGCUUACGGACGAGACGCAGCGUGAUCGUCACGGCCGAAGACCGUUCAGUGGUCUUUCGUCACCAUCAUCAUCCGUUAAAAUGUACAGUAACAUCAUGGGGUCCCUCACCCGUUCCGAGGACAUGCGCUUCUGCCAGCUGAUUGUCGAAAAAGAAGCUGCAUUCAAUUGUGUUGCUGAGCUCGGCAAACAUCCCUUCGUGCAGUUUAAGGACCUCAAUCCUGAUGUCAAUCCUUUCCAAAGAACGUUUGUUCGUGAUAUUCGCCGAUAUGAGGAAAUGGAGAGGAAGCUUAGAUUCCUCGAAACCCAGAUCAACAAAGACAAUAUCAAUAUCCCGGGAAAGCUUGACAAUGGCGAUUACACCGUUAUGCCUACAGCCGAGUUGAAUCAGUUGGAGUCCACGCUCAAUGAUCUGGAGCGUGAUGUGAAAAACAUGAAUGACUCCGAUGCCCAGCUCAAGAAGAACUAUAUGGAGUUGAAAGAAUGGGAUGCAGUCUUAGACAAGACCGACGAGUUCUUCCAAGGAGGCAUGGAUGAUCAGGCAGCUGAAGAGCUGGAGCAGCAGGAAGAGGAAUACGGGGGAAAAGGAGAAAAAGCUCCCAUAAGCUACGCUGUGGGAGUGAUCAGAAGAGAACGACUGAGUGCUUUUGAGAGAGUGUUGUGGCGAGCAUGCCAUCACACUGCUUAUCUUAGAAGCUCAGAUAUCGAAGAGGAGGAAGACGAGUAUUAUGAAACCGAGAAAAGCUCGGUUUUUAUCGUCUUUUACAAAGGAGAUCGCAUGCGUAGUAUUGUCGAAAAAGUUUGCGAUGGAUUCAAGGCGAAGCUUAUGAAGAAUUGUCCGAAAACAUUCAAGGAACGUCAGAGUGCUCGUGCCGAUGUGCGAGCUCGUCUUGCUGACCUCAGAACCGUUCUUGGACAAACUAAGGAGCACCGCUACCGUGUCCUACAGGCAGCUGCUAAUAAUCAUAACAACUGGAUGAGACAGGUUCGCAUGCAAAAAGCCGUCUAUCAUCAUCUGAAUCUUUUUACCUUCGACGGUAUUGGACGAUUCUUCGUCGCUGAAUGUUGGGUACCUACUAUUCAUAUUGAUGAUGUAAAAGCUGCACUCGAGAAAGGAGCGGAGGCUUCUGGAUCUACCGUACGUCCUGUUUUGAAUGUUCUGGAGACUUCGGAAAUACCUCCAACAUACAACAGAACUAAUAAGUUUACGGAAGUUUUCCAAGGAAUCGUCGAUUCGUACGGAAUUGCAAACUAUCGCGAGUUGAACCCUGCACCGUACACGAUCAUCUCCUUCCCGUACAUCUUUGCUUGUAUGUUCGGUGACAUGGGACACGGAUUGCUGAUGUUCCUGGCUGGUCUUUGGUUUGUUCUUCGUGAGAAGAAUCUAAUUGAACGCAAUAUCAAGGAUGAGAUUUUCAGUAUGUUCUUCGGUGGCCGCUACAUCAUUCUUCUUAUGGGGAUAUUCUCCAUGCAUGCCGGGUUCAUGUAUAACGACUUAUUUGCUAAGUCAUUUAACAUAUUCGGUUCGAAAUGGCUGAAUCCGUACAGCCAUGACCAACUUGACUCAUGGAUUAACCAGAGCAUGGUGAACAAAAAGGAAAUGGGCCUAGAGAUGGACCCAGGUUACGCCUUCCAGCAUGACGAUGGUCCAUAUCUCUUCGGUAUGGAUCCCAUAUGGAAUCUGGGUGAAAACAAGCUGAAUUUUACCAACUCGCUGAAAAUGAAAAUCUCUGUCAUUGUCGGAAUUGCUCAAAUGACUUUCGGCGUAAUUUUGAGUUUGUACAAUUACAGAUUUUUCAAAUCAAAAAUCGAGAUUUUCACUGUCUUCAUUCCCCAGAUGCUCUUCAUGCUCUGCAUCUUCGUCUACCUUUGCCUUGAGAUUGUGCUGAAAUGGGUUUUCUUCUGGGUGAAACCGGAUAUCAUAUUUGGCCGAAUCUAUCCAGGAUCGCAUUGUGCUCCAUCACUUUUGAUCGGACUUAUCAGCAUGUUCAUGUUCAAAGAUCGUGAACCAGGAUUUGUACAACUCGAUAAGCCAAUCAACGGAGCAAACAAUGAGUAUAUGGAAAUAGACCAAUGCCAUCUCACACAGUGGUACCCCGGGCAGUCGUUCAUCGAAGGUCUUCUUGUGAUAAUCUCAGUUAUUUGCAUACCUAUCAUGUUGUUCGGAAAGCCAAUCCAUUUCCUGAUGGAACAGAAGAAAAAGAAGAAGGCCAUGGGCAGCAAUAUUUCUGUUCGCGCUAACGUUGUAUCCGACGAUUCUGAAAUCAUCAUCAAUGGAAGCAAAAAAGAGAAAAACGGGGGUGCCGAAAUAGGUGAUCAAGCACCCGCAGCUGUCGCGACAUCUGGAGGAGCAGCACAUGCUACCGCUGCUGCUGCUCAUGAAGAUGAGGCAUUCGGCGACAUUAUGGUCCAUCAAGCUAUCCAUACUAUUGAAUACGUUCUGGGUUGCGUCUCUCAUACAGCUUCCUACCUCCGAUUGUGGGCUUUGUCGCUUGCACAUGCUCAGCUGUCCGAAGUGCUUUGGGAAAUGGUGCUACACAAUUCGUUUGGACUAAGCGGAAUAUUUGGAUACAUCGCUCUAUACGUCAUCUUCUUUGUCUUUGGUGUCCUCACCUUCUCAAUCCUUGUGCUGAUGGAAGGCCUAUCCGCAUUUUUGCACGCUCUCCGUCUGCAUUGGGUGGAGUUCCAAUCCAAGUUUUACUUGGGUCUUGGCUACGGCUUUGAACCGUAUUCAUUCAAGAAGGCACUCAUGGUGGAGUAAUCAAGCUUCGUCGGUGUCUUCCCUCGCAUCGAACUCGACAUAAUCUUACCAUAAUUAUAGCCUCAUGCUAUAAUGUACAUUAGUUAAUCCUUGUUGUUCCGGUACAGAAACUAUCAAAGAUCUUGCCCCCUCACAUUCCAGUGCUUCUCAUCUUCACUUAGAUACCUUUAUAACGAUUCGAUUCGAUUAUUACUGAUAGUUCAGUUUGAAAACUGUAGCGUUGAUCGGUUAGCUAAACGAUGUGAGUCUAGAGAAGAUUGUUAACAUGAAAUUGCGAUAAAUAAAGGAUUUU